AUGUCCGGUACUCAAAUCCCACCAGGCAAAACCUGGUUUGACACCCACAAAGUGCACUUCGACGACGUCCCCAUUUCUGACGACGGCGGCAUUUCCACCCUCGAAUUCCUCGAUGCCUCCGAAGCCACCACCACUCUUUUUGAUCUUUUGGGCUCGGUAGCCUUCACGCCCGUAAAGAACGAUAUGAUGGGAAACGUAACCAAAAUUCGUGGCCGUUAUCAAGCUGCCCCAUCGGGCUCAACAACGGUUCAAGAGCUGGUCAAGACAGAACUGGCCUCAAAAUCUCACAAGGCGACCGAAGGGCUGGUGUGGCUCACUCGUGGAUUGGAUUUCACAGCACAGGCACUGCGGUCCGAUCUCACCACCAACGCGUCGGUCAAAGCUGUGGAACCAAAACCGAACAAGGAGCUCGCGGAUGGAUUUCGAGCAAGCUACAAGAAUACUCUGGCGCCGCAUCAUGGACUGUUGAUCAAACCCCUCUUCAGCGCCGCCAUGAGUGCCACCCCCUACCGGAAAGACUUCUAUGUGCGAUUGGGUGGCGAGGGAACAGAUCCAGAGACCACAAGACAGGCGCUGGAGAAAUGGGUGGCUGCUUUGGAGAAGAGAGUGACCAUCUUGAAGGCCUUUUUGGCCAGCAAAGAAGCGAAGUGGUAG